CACAACAGGUCUGUGCAAACCCCAGUGAGUCACCGCAGAGACAAGGUGCGGCUCCCGACAACUUUUUGUAGCCGGUGUUGGCUGUGCGUCGGUCUCAGUCCGAAGGAAAUCACACACAGAGAGACACCGUGCACCCUGCGCUAGAGCUGCAUCAUGUUCAAGUGCGGUAUCGCCUACCCCAGGUGCAAAUGGAUCCUGCCAUUACUGCUCCUCUGUGCGAUCAUCUUUGAUAUCAUCGCCCUGGCCGGCCAGGGAUGGGUGGAGACGGAGAGCGGCAGGGUUUAUGCCUCCUUGUGGCAGACAUGUGAUUCCGUGGGGAAUGGCAACUAUGGGUGCCGAUCUAUUAUGGACUACGCAUGGGGCAAAGCGACAGCUGCACUUUUCAUCAUUGGCUUCAUUAUCCUGAUAGUGUGCUUUCUCCUCUCCUUUGUUGCACUGUGUGUUCCACAAAUUCCUGUACUGAGAGUCAUUGGUGCUCUGCUCUUGUUGGCUGUUAUUUUGCAGAUUAUUGCAUUGGUCAUCUAUCCUGUAUGCUACACAAGAGAUGUGGUUUCUGGAAAUGAGAACUAUCUGUAUAGCUGGACCUACGGAUUUGGCUGGGGCAGCACAAUUAUCAUGUUUGGCUGUGUAUUUUUCUUCUGCUGCCUCCCCAACUUUGAAGAUGAACUGCUCGGCAAUGUGAAAACCAAAUAUUUCUACACUUCAUCCUAAGACUUUACACCUAUUCUAAAGUUAGGGAAAGAGACUAAUUUUUUAAUAACCUGUACAAUGUUGCUAAUCUACUGAGCAGUUUACUGUUUUUUUUUUCUCUUUUUAGAUACCUUCAUUGUGCUUUUGUUCUCUUUCCUGUUAUAUCAUUGCAGCUAAUUUUAAAUAGAUUUUUAUAUGCUAAAAUGGAAAAUUGGCUUUCAUGCAGGAAAACAAUGGGCCAAAACAUAAUAAUCUUUACUUGCUGUAACAUUUACCUAUUUU